AGGCCCCUGGAAUUUCAGUUGCAGUUUUGAGCUUCGUCGAGAAAGUUCAGCAGCUCUUUUGGCCGCGGACGACGCGACGGAAACUCUCACUUGCCAGCUUAUCAGAGAGUAGUAUUCGUAUACACGCGUAGUCUCUCCGCUCCGCUCCUAUCCGCUCGCCAGCUUUCUUUUCACCUGCCCCAAGUACGAGACGGGACGGGUGUGUUUUGUGCUGUGGAAAAUGUUUACCCAAUGUGCCAAUUCGCUUGGCCACUAUAAUAACAAUAACAUUCCGUGUGCCAGUUCCCCAGAGUGUUGCUGGCUCUCGAACGAUGAAAGAAAGCCCAGCGAUGAGUGCCUUCAAGUGGCGACGAAUGUGACGGAACAGAAGCACCAUGUCACCCGUGAGACGCGCGGGAAGAAUUUGGGACUGUGCCGCGGCUUUCGUGGAUGCACCGUGUGGCUGACGGGUCUUAGUGGCGCUGGCAAGACCUCGAUUGCCUUUGAGUUGGAGGCGUAUUUGGUGUCGCGUGGCAUACCCGCCUACGGCCUGGACGGGGACAACAUACGCACUGGACUGAAUAAGAACCUGGGCUUCACGCCCGCCGAGCGCGAGGAGAACAUCCGGCGGGUGGGCGAGGUGGCCAAGUUGUUUGCUGAUAGCGGCGUGGUCUCCAUUUGUAGCUUCGUGUCGCCGUUCGCCGAUGACCGGGAAAUGGCGCGCAAGAUACACAAGGAUGCGGGCCUAAAGUUUUACGAGAUCUUCGUGGACACGCCGCUGGACGUGUGCGAGACGCGCGACGUCAAGGGGUUGUACAAGAAGGCACGCGAGGGCGUGAUCAAGGGCUUCACUGGCAUCACGCAGGAGUACGAGCGGCCCCACAAGCCGGAACUGGUGGUCAGCACCCACGAGUGCACAGUGCAGGAGUCCACGCAGAAGCUGGUUACACUACUCGAGCAGGAGGGCAUCAUUCCGCGCUCGUUGCGUGACGUGGAUCUGCUGCCAGAGCUGUACCCCAGCGAGUCCACUGCCAGCGACGCUCUGCGCCACGAGGCGGAAUCCCUGAAGGCGCUGCCAAUCAGCACCGUGGAGCUGCAGUGGGUGCAGGUGCUGUCCGAGGGAUGGGCCUAUCCCCUGCGGGGAUUUAUGCGGGAGGACGAAUACCUGCAGACGCUGCACUUCAACACACUCCAGAGUGGAAUGGACGGCUCUUACCGCGAGAACCACUCGGUGCCUAUUGUGCUCAGCGCCACUGCAGCCGAGAAGGAGCGCCUGGACGGUGUGUCCGCACUAACGCUGACGCAUGAGGGCAAGCCAGUGGCCAUUCUACGCCGUCCAGAGUUCUAUUUCCAGCGCAAGGAGGAGCGCCUGGCCCGCCAGUUCGGCACCAGCAAUCCCAACCAUCCGUACAGCAAGCAGGUGCUCGAGUCCGGCGAGUAUCUCGUGGGCGGCGAUCUCGCCGUAAUCGAACGCAUCCGCUGGGACGAUGGACUCGACCAGUACCGCCUGACACCCAACGAGCUGCGCCGAAAGUUUAAGGAGCUCAACGCCGAUGCAAUUUUCGCAUUCCAGCUGCGUAAUCCCAUUCACAACGGUCACGCCCUGCUCAUGCAGGACACCAAGAGGCAGCUGCUCGAGCGGGGCUUUAAGCAGCCAGUCCUGCUGCUGCAUCCGUUGGGCGGCUGGACCAAGGACGAUGAUGUGCCCCUGGACGUACGCAUGAGGCAGCACCAGGCCGUCCUCGAUGCCGGCGUUCUGCGGCGCGAGGACACUGUGCUGGCCAUCUUUCCAUCGCCCAUGAUGUACGCCGGCCCAACGGAGGUGCAGUGGCAUGCCAAGGCUCGCAUGAAUGCUGGCGCCAACUUCUACAUUGUGGGCCGAGAUCCCGCCGGCAUGCCGCACCCGGAUAAGGGGGCCUAUCCCGACGGUAAUCUGUACGAUGCCACCCAUGGAGCGCGAGUAUUGAAGAUGGCCCAGGGUCUGGACAGCAUGGAGAUCCUGCCAUUCCGCGUGGCCGCCUACGACAAUAGUGCCAGCCGGAUGGCUUUCUUCGAGCCACAGCGCAAGGACGAGUUCGAGUUUAUAUCGGGGACCAAGAUGCGCACACUGGCCAAGACUGGUGCCAGUCCGCCCGUUGGCUUCAUGGAGCCUGAAGCCUGGAAAAUUCUGGCCAACUAUUAUCAGAACCUGCCACAGGCGUAACACGCGGCCCGUCCAUGGCCACCAAUGUGCAAUUUCCCUUAGCUAUAUUGCUAUACAUAUUCAUAGAUACAUAUAUAGAAUAUGUAUAUUCCUAUUUGAUCACCGUAAAUCAUUUACUACUGCACUUUCCUGUGUCCCCCCUGUGUCGUAUGUGGCGUAUGAAUGUAUGUUGUUUUGCUGCUCCUGCUCUUAAAAUGUUCGUAUCGUACAA